AUGGCAGAAUUCUUCCGCAAUACCGCCCUCGGCACUAUCGUACGCUUCGUCUCUCGCGACCAGUACCUCUCCUUUCCGGACAAUUCAAAGAAAUAUCAGCCCGGGAAUGUAGAUGAAUCUAUUUCGGUCCAGCGGUCCAACGACCGUCAGACAAGACAUGAAUAUGGAGGACUGGCAGAGGUGGAAGUCGAUUGGGAAUCGGAAGAUGACUCUGAGAAUCCGCAGAAUUGGGGCACAUGGCGAAAAGUAUUUAUUUCAGUUGUGAUAUGUGUGUAUACAUUCACCGUGUACUGCGGAUCGUCGAUAUUCGUACCGAGCGAAGAGCAAAUAAUGAGCCGGUUUGGCGUCUCUGAAGUAGCUGCCUCUCUCGGGCUGGCCCUCUACGUUCUAGGCUAUGGCCUUGGACCGCUUCUAUUCUCACCACUCAGCGAGAUUGCAUACAUUGGCCGAAACCCGGUGUAUAUCGUAACAUUCUUUAUUUUCAUCAUUCUUUCUAUUGGUGCAGCCGUGUGCGACUCCUUUGCGGGGCUGGUCGUGCUGCGGUUCUUGCAGGGCUUUUUUGGGAGUCCGUGUUUGGCAACCGGGGCUGCUACACUGGGUGAUAUGUUUUCUGUGGUGUACAUGCCGUACCCGUUGGCGGCGUGGAGCGGUGCCAUGUAUGCAGGUCCAGCCUUGGCUCCCAUCUUGUCCGCAUUUGCCGUCGAAGCAGAAGGCUGGCGGUGGUCUCUAUGGGAAAUCGUGUGGCUGUCUGCAUUCGUCUUCGUCAUGCUAAUCGUCUUCUUGCCUGAGACGGCAGCCCCGACUCUGUUGUACUACAAGGCCGAGCGACUCCGACAACGAACCGGUUCCAACAUAUUCAUUCCAAAGGGCUCACUCACAAAGAAGCACCUCAGUGCAACACAGGUGGUAAAAUUGGCACUCAUCAAGCCGUUCGAAAUAUCCAUCAAGGAUCCCGCCAUUGCCUUUAUCAACAUCUACAUCUCACUCGUCUACGGAAUAUACUACUCCUUCUUCGAAGUCUUCCCGCUUGUCUACCCCAAAAUCUACGACAUGACGCCCGGCCUAACCAGUGCCGUCUUCAUCUGCGUUCUCAUCGCAUGCAUUCUCGGCACCAUAUGGUACUGCACCUGGUACCGCCUCACGACGGAGCCGCGUUUCCGGAAGCUCGGGACGUUUGAUGUACAGGAGACGUUUCUACGUCCGGGGCUCAUUGCCGUGCUUGGUGUACCUGCGGGCAUGUUUCUCUUCGGCUGGACGUCGAGAGAAUCUGUUCCGUGGGAAGUUCCUACGCUGGGUAUUGUCAUGUUUUGCGGGUGUUCGUUUGUAGUUGGCCUGGGUAUCUUUAUUCACUUGCCGACUAGCUAUCCGCAGUAUGCGGCGAGUUUGUUUGCCGCGAAUGAUGCGCUGAGAAGUGCAUUCGCUAGCGGUGCCAUCUUGUUUGGAAGACCGUUGUAUGUUAAUAUGGGUGUUGCGAGGGGGUGUAGUUUGUUGGGGGGGUUGAGUGUGCUGGGCGUUGUUGGAUAUUGGGGUCUGUAUAGAUACGGUCCAGUGUUGAGGGCGAAGAGUAAGUUUACGGCUUCGUGA